UUCUAUUCAUUUCUACCUGGUAACUGCUAAGUAACUUACUUACCAUCCCAUUUCAACCAUAACCCCAAAUUCAAACCAUCACACUUCAAAAAAAAAAUCUCCAAAUCAAAUUCUAAUCUCAACCCAUUAUACCCUUUCCGGCAAAAGAACAAUCUUCAGCAUCCACUCAUGGCGGAAGCCUUAGUCGGAGGGGCAGUUCUGUCAUCUUUCCUCAACGUAUUAUUCGACCGAGUUUCAACUCGUGAGUUCAUAGAUUACAUCAAAGGAAGAAAAAUCAACGAAGCCCUGAUCAAGAAAUUAAACACAUUAAUAAUGGCCGUUAAUGGAGUAUUAGAUGAUGCAGAAGAAAUGCAAAUCACUAAACCAGCAGUUAAAAAAUGGCUUGAUGAGCUCAAAGAUGCAUUUUAUGAUGCUGAUGAUCUUGUGGACGAAAUUUCUUACAAGGCGUUUCGAUACGAAAUGGAGAGUUCGUCGCGAAUCGAGCAGGUAAAGAGCUUUUUUACUGAUUUAAACCCGUUAAAAAAGGGUAUGAAGGAGAGAUUAGUUGAGGUAAUUGAGAGAAUUGAUGAUUUAGUUAAGCAAAAAGAUGUGCUUGGUCUUAGAGAAGGAAUUGGUGAGAAAUUAGUUAAGAUUCCGAGUACUUCGGUUGUUGAUGAGUCUGGUGUUUAUGGUAGGGAUAAAGAUAGAGAAUUUGUAGUUAAAUUGUUGGUUAAUGAAGGAAAUGUGAAUGAAAUUGAUGUGAUUCCGAUUGUUGGUAUGGGUGGUGUUGGUAAAACAACUCUUGCUCAGCUUGUUUAUAAUGAUCCGAGAGUGGUGGAGUUUUUUGAGGUGAAAGUUUGGGUUUGUGUUUCUGCUGAGUUUGAUGUUUUUAAGGUUACUAGAGAUGUUCUUAAGGAGAUUACGUUAGAGAAUUGUGAUGCGAAGACGCCGAACCAGCUUCAAAAUGAGGUGAAGGAGAGGUUGUCGGGGAAGAGAUUUCUGAUUGUGUUGGAUGAUGUAUGGAGUGAGAAUUAUGCUGACUGGGAGGUUUUGCAGAGGCCCUUUAAGUCUGGGGGUUUAGGGAGUAAGAUUGUUAUCACGACGAGGAGUCAUAAUGUGGCGUCGAUUGUGCGUACUGUUCCGACGUAUUAUCUAGAUGGAUUGAGUAAUCAGGAUUGUUGGUUCUUGUUUGCGAAACAUGCGUUUGAUGAUGAAAACUUUAGGAUUUGUUCGGAUUUGGAAGAGUAUGGUAAAGAAAUAGUGAGAAAAUGCAGCGGUUUGCCUUUAGCUGCGAAAGCGAUGGGCGGUCUUCUACGCUCCAAGAAGGCGGUUAAGGAUUGGGAGAAGAUAUCGAAGAGCAGUUUGUGGAAUGCGCCGAAUGAUAACAUUCUUCCUGCUUUAAGAUUGAGCUAUCAUUAUCUUCCGUCGCAUUUGAAGCGAUGCUUCUCUUACUGUGCGAUAUUUCCAAAAGAUUAUGAAUUUGAAAAGGAAGAGUUGAUUCUUUUAUGGAUGGCUGAAGGUUUCUUGGUUGAUCCGAGUGUUGAUAAGGAAAUGGAAGAGCUAGGCGAAGAGUAUUUUCAUGAUCUUGUAUCGAGGUCACUUUUUCAACGCUCGAGUGGUAGCCGUUCAAGCUUCAAUAUGCAUGGUUUGAUAAAUGAAUUGGCUAAAAACGUUUCUGGAAAUUUUUGCUGUAGGCUGGACGGUGACGAUUCAAGCAAGGUUACUAAAACGACUCGGCAUUUAUCAUAUGUGAGAAUAGAAAAUGAUUCUGCUAAGAAAUUUGAAGGUAUUUAUGAAGCGCGGUCUCUGCGUACCUUCAUUCUGGUGGAGUGGGCAUGCAUUGACAAUGAAGUAAUGCAAGAUUUAUUGUUCAAAUUCAGGAAACUGAGAGUGUUAUCUCUGUCCCAAUAUCGGAGCGUAUCUGAGCUGCCCCAGUCAAUCGGCUACCUCAAGCAUUUACGAUAUCUGGAUCUCUCUACAGCAUCAAUAAAAAAGUUGCCUGAAAUUAUGAUGAUUUUGUAUAAUAUGCAAACACUAAUCUUACAUGAGUGUACACACCUCGCAGUGUUGCCUGAUACAAUUGGAAAGUUGAAGAAUUUGCGAUACUUGGAUCUCUCCGGAACAUCGAUCCAAAGGCUACCUGAAUCCAUCAGUGAACUGUGCAAUUUGCAAACAUUAAUCUUGCUGCAGUGCAAAGAUCUCAUCUACUUGGCAUCCAACAUGGAAAACUUAGUCAACUUAUGCCGCCUUGAUAUUACAGGAACCAAGUUGCAAGAGAUGCCACCACAAAUCGAUCAGUUAAAAAAUCUCCGGAUACUAACUAAUUUCAUUGUGAGCAAAGAUGGUGGAUCUAAUAUCAAGAAGUUGGGAGAACUUCAGCAUCUGCAAGAUAAACUGUGCAUUUCGAAUCUUGAAAAUAUUAUCGAUGUUGAGGAUUCUUCAGAAGCCAAUCUGAAGGGUAAGAAGCAUCUUAAGGAGUUGGAGCUGAAAUGGAAUGAUGAUCCGAAUGAUUCUGAUGAUUCAGCAAAUGAUAGAGAUGUCCUUGAGCAAUUACAGCCUUAUCAAAAUAUUGAAUGUCUAUCUAUUGUUGGUUAUAGAGACGAAGCAUUUCCGUGCUGGGUAGGAGCUGAGUCAUUCUCAAACAUAGUGUCCUUAAAGCUCAAUGGAUGCAAAAAAUGUUCAAAUUUGCCCCCGCUUGGGCGGUUAGCAUCUCUAAAGGAUCUCGCAAUUACGGAAUUUGGUGGAAUCAUGGUUGUAGGUCCUGAAUUCUACGGAGGUUCUGCGUCCCAAAUCAACCCAUUUCGAUCCCUCAAAAUCUUGAAGUUCGAAAAGAUGCCACAAUGGCGAGAAUGGAUUUCUUUCGAAAGCAAUGAUGAAAAUCGAGCUUUCCCACUUCUCCAAGAACUUUACAUCAGGGAAUCUCCCAAUCUGACUACAGCUCUGCCUAGCCACCUUCCUUCAUUAACAACGCUUGAAAUUGAUGGAUGCCUGCAGCUUGUAGCUUCACUUCCGAGUGCUCCGGCUAUCGUUAAAAUGAAGUUAAAAGACGACUUUCGCGAUGUUCUAUUAAAGAAGUUGCCUUCAGGUCUGCACAGUCUCAUAGUUGACAAAUUUUACUCUCUAGAUUCCAUACUAGAUCGAAUGGGCAGUUUUUUUGCUACUCUGGAAGAAAUCGAGAUCAGAAACCAUGAUUCACUCAAAUGCUUUCCCCUCGAGUUGUUUCCGAGGUUAAAGAGUCUCAGGAUCACAAGAUGUGACGUCCUUGAAUCGCUUUUUGCGGCCGAGUCGACUAAUUUGUCUUUCACAUCUCUUUUUUCCUUGGAGAUUAGGGAAUGCCCUAAUUUAGUAUCUCUUCUCAGAGGACGAUUCCCUGCUCCCAAUCUGGCAAGGCUUCUAUUACUCGGUUGCUCAAAUGUCGAAUCCUUCCCCGGAACGGAACUUCUGCCUUCAACUCUGACUUCACUUAAAAUUUGGGAUUUUCAGAAUCUGAAAAAUUUGGACUAUACUGGACUUCAGCACCUGACAUCCCUUAGAGAACUGGAAAUCUGCAACUGUCCUAAGCUUGUAUCCUUGCCGGAACAUGGGCUGCCUUCAACUCUUUCUUCGUUGUCAAUCUUCCUGUGCCCUUUGCUCGAACAGAGGUGUCAGAAGGAUAGAGGAGAAGAUUGGAACAAGAUUUCUCAUAUCCGCCAUGUCAAAGUUAAUUUUCACAAGAUCAGUUGAGCCAAAAAUAUUUAAUAAAAAAUUUAUAGGCUGCCAUAUUUUGUUGAUGAGUACCUUUUGUUAUCAGGUUCUUGAUUCAGAUUUUAUGAUGGUGAAGCUUGGUCAGUUUAUCUAGAGAUUAACUCGCCGGAUUAGCUUUUUCUGUGUUUCGGUUUCCGUUUGUUCCUCACCAGCGCAGUGAAAUGAUAAACAUAAAAAAAGAGCAGACAGCAGAAAUCGUUCGUUUCUUCAAUGACAAAAUCAAGCAAUACUGCUGUACAAUACUUGUACUUUAUUAGCUUUUAAAGUAGUUAUUUACAAUAUAGAGUUGGUGAAUUUUACAUUGUAAAGUUUAAGAUAAACUGAGCAGCAAAAUAAAAUGAAUAGCGACAGGGAGAUUAGCCA